UAGUAGCUGUAGUAGUGCUAGUUCCCCCAGAGGGGUUCAUGGUGCCCCGCUGUACAAGUUUACCAAAGUGCCAAAGAUGACGCUGACAAGUGUGCGAGGUGAAUCGCGAGCCUGGUCCGCUGUGGUGACGGCCACGGCACUGCUGCUAGUAUUAACCACGACAAGUGCUAAUGAGAAUACACACUACCUACCACCGCUGGAAUGUGUCGAUCCUUACGGCAGACCGCAGCGCUGUAUUCCUGAGUUCGAAAAUGCGGCCUACCAGUUGCAGGUGGAAGCGACCAACACAUGUGGUGACGAUGAUGAUACAGAUUUCUGCGUCCAGACGGGAUACUCGAACCGGAAAAGCUGUGACGUGUGCCACGCCGGCCAACAUUCGCCCCAAUUCCUCACUGACUUGCACGAUCCAAAUAACCCCACCUGGUGGCAAUCGGAAACCAUGUUCGAGGGCAUCCAGUACCCGAACCAGGUGAAUCUAACCAUGCGCUUAGGCAAAUCGUUCGACAUCACGUACAUCCGCAUCGUGUUUCACUCGCCACGGCCCGAAUCGUUCGCAAUCUACAAGCGUGUCACGCCGAAUGGACCCUGGAUCCCGUACCAGUACUACAGUGCGACCUGUCGCGAUACGUACGGACUGCCGGACUCACUGUCCGUGAUGAACGAUGAGGAUGAAUCGCGUGCUCUCUGUACGUCGGAGUACAGUGACAUCUCACCACUGCGGGACGGUAAUAUUGCGUUCUCGUCGCUCGAGGGUCGCCCAUCCGCGAUCAACUUCGAGCACCAUCUGGAGCUGCAGCAGUGGGUGACGGCCACCGAUAUUAGGAUAACGCUUGAUCGAUUGAACACGUUCGGUGACGAGGUGUUUGGCGAUUCGCAGGUGCUGAAAUCCUACUUUUACGCCAUCGCCGAUAUUGCGGUCGGUGCUCGGUGCAAGUGUAAUGGGCACGCGAGCGAAUGUACCACCAGCACUGGACUCGACGGUCAGCGAACGCGCGUAUGCAAGUGCAUGCACUACACCGAUGGACCCGACUGUGACCGGUGUCUGCCGUUCUACAACGAUGCACCGUGGGGCCGCGCGACGUCCAAAAAUGUGCACGAGUGCAAACCCUGUAACUGCAACGGAUACUCUACGAAAUGUUUCUUCGAUCGCCAUCUGUACAACCUCACCGGGCACGGUGGCCACUGUAUCGAUUGUGGAGCAAACCGCGACGGACCGAACUGUGAACGGUGCAAGGAGAACUUCUUUAUGCGCGAAGAUGGCUACUGCAUCAACUGUGGCUGCGAUCCGGUCGGUUCGCGUUCGUUGCAGUGUAACGCGGAAGGACGCUGUCAGUGCAAACCGGGCGUUACGGGCGAGAAGUGCGAUCGGUGCGACAGUAACUACUUCAACUUCGGACCCCACGGAUGUCAACCGUGUAACUGUGACGAGCGCGGUUCGCUCGAUAACACACCGUCAUGCGAUCCUGUGACGGGUGUGUGUUCCUGCAAGGAAAACGUUGAGGGUCGACACUGUCGCGAAUGUCGUCUCGGAUACUUCAAUCUGGAUGCGGACAAUAAGUUCGGCUGUACGCCGUGCUUCUGCUAUGGUCAUACGCUCGAGUGUACGAGUGCGAGUGGAUACUCGAUCGUAUCGACGACUUCCAAUUUCAACAAGCACAAGGAGAAAUGGACCGCCAUCUCGGACACGGGCGUACCAGUAGACGUGAAGUACAACUCGCACAGCCAAUCGAUCGGUGUGGGAGCGAAUGGGCAUCGGACAGUGUACUUCCUGGCGCCCGACCGCUUCCUGGGUGAUCAGCGAGCGUCGUAUAAUCGGUUGUUCAAAUUCCGGCUACAACUCGUCGGACAACCGCGCGUCGAAGUGAGUCCGUACGAUGUGGUGCUUCAGGGUGGCAACAGCAGCAUAUCAUUGCCGAUCUUUGCACAGAACCAGCGCAUGCCAAGUGAGGAAUCGCACGAAUUUGCGUUUCGGUUGCACGAAAAUCCGGAGUACACUUGGCAUCCGUCAAAUUCCGGCCGUGGCUUUAUGUCGAUUUUGAGUAAUUUGACUGCGAUUAAAAUUCGCGCGAUCUACGGUGAUCAUGGCGAGGCCAUACUGGAUGAUGUGGAGCUGCAGACGGCACACCGAGGAGCGGCCGGACGGCAGGCCACUUGGAUCGAACAGUGUACCUGUCCGGAAGGUUAUGUGGGACAGUUUUGCGAAUCGUGUGCUCCUGGCUAUCGGCAUAAUCCGGCACGGGGUGGUCCGUUCAUGCCCUGUGUACCGUGCGAUUGUAACAAGCAUGCGGAAAUUUGUGACUCGGAAACGGGACGCUGCAUCUGCCAGCAUAACACGGCCGGCGAUACGUGCGAUCAGUGUGCGAAAGGAUUCUUCGGCAAUGCGCUCGGUGGUACGCCGUUCGAUUGUAGACGAUGCCCGUGUCCGAACAAUGGUGCCUGCAUGCAGAUGGCCGGCGAUACGGUGAUCUGUCUCGAGUGUCCGGUCGGAUAUUUCGGCCCUCGCUGUGAGCUCUGUUCCGAUGGAUAUUACGGCGAUCCGAGCGGUGUGUAUGGUGCCGUGCGUAUGUGUCAACCGUGCGACUGCAAUGGAAAUGUUGAUCCGAACGCUGUCGGCAAUUGCAACCGCACUACUGGCGAAUGUCUCAAAUGUAUCCACAACACGGCCGGACCACACUGUGACCAAUGUUUGCCAGGUCACUUCGGAGAUCCACUUGCCGAACCACACGGAAGCUGCGAGGAGUGUAGCUGCUAUCCACGAGGCACCGAGCAAACCGAGAAGGGUAUCUCGAUCUGUGACGCCAUCAACGGCAACUGUCACUGCAAGCCGAACGUAAUCGGUCGUACGUGUAAUGAGUGCAAAAAUGGCUACUGGAACAUUGGGUCCGGCAAUGGGUGCGAAAGUUGCAACUGCGAUCCGAUCGGCAGCUACAAUGCGUCCUGCGACCGAUACUCGGGCGAAUGUUUCUGCAAACCGGGAGUUGUGGGCAAAAAAUGUGACAAGUGUGCACCGGCGCAUUACGGAUUUUCGGAGGAAGGAUGCCAUGCGUGCGAUUGCGAUCCAAGCGGUUCCAAGGGUUCGCAGUGUAACCAGUACGGACAGUGUCCGUGUAAUGAUAACGUCGAGGGGCGGCGGUGCGAUCGCUGUAAGGAGAACAAGUACGAUCGACACCAGGGAUGUUUGGACUGUCCGGCGUGCUACAAUCUGGUGCAGGACGCUGCAAACGAUCAUCGUGCCAAGUUGGGCGAGUUGAAUCAAAUUCUGCAGGACAUUCAAUCGAAACCGAUCGUUAUCGAUGAUAACGAGUUUGCAGGAAAAUUACAUGCGGUGCAGGAGAAGAUCGACAUACUAGUGGAGGACGCGAAAAGUGGUUCGGGCGGCGGAGAAAAAACGUUGAAUGAAAUUCUCCGUGAGCUCGAGGGCCGUCUGCAGGAGGUGCAGAAACUGCUCGAUAAUGCGGAUCAAUCGCAAGAAGUUACGAACCACAAAAUUGGCAAGGGUGGAUAUAAUGCUACGCUGGCGAAUGGCAAAAUACAGGACGCGCGCCGUCAGCUGGACAGUGCCGUAGAACUGCUGCAAACCGAGGGCAAUACAGCGCUGGCUCGUGCGAAGGACAUUUCCGGCCAUCUGGGUAACCAGACGAACCAAAUCAGUGGUAUAUCGCGCGAAGCUCGUCAGUAUGCGGACCGGUUCAAGGCGGAAGCCGACGCCAACAUGAAGCAGGCCCAGGAAGCGCACAAGAAGGCGUCGGAUGCGUUGAAGAAAGCAAACGACGCGUUCAACCAGCAGGCAAACAUUACCAAGGAGCUUGAUACGAGCAUAUCGAGCGAAAUUGCACAGGCCCGCGAGAAGCUCAACACGGUGUCGAAGCUGACCGAGCAGGCACUAACGCGUGCGCGCGAAGUGAACGAUGAAGCGUUAACGCUGUUUGCUGCCGUUAAUCGUACAGCACCGCCCAACAUCGAUAUCGAUAAGAUCAAAAAGGAGGCAAACCAGUACAACCGGGAAGCGGACCGAAUUGCGGAUGAUCUUGCGAGCAAGAUGCGGGACCAUGCUCAGCUACUCGAAAGCGUCGCCACCAAUAUUGAGCUGGCGGAGACGUUGCUCCAAAGAGCUCACUUACAAAAGGAGGAUGCUAUCGAAACACUGAAGCAUCUGCAAUUCGCGAAGGAACUAGCGAUCAAGGCCGUGGCUGAAGGGGAUGGAACAUUGCAGAAGGCAAACUAUACGUAUCAAACGUUGGCAGGAUUCAAAAACCAAGUUGAGGAGUCGUCCAAGCGUGCCGAGGAUGCACUCAACCUAGUCCCGAACAUUGAGCGACAGAUUACCAACUCGCGCGACCUUUUACAACGUGCAGAAGAGGCUCUCUAUGCUGCCAGCCGCAAUGCAGAGGAUGCUCGCAAGAAUGCUCAAACGGCACAGGACAAGUACGCGGAGGAAGCUUCCAAGCUGGCAGAAAACAUAAAGAAGCGUGCCAACGCGACAAAGAACACUGCCCGCGAUCUUCAUCACGAAGCAGAUCAGCUAAAUGGGCGGUUGGCAAAAACAGACAACCGACUGGAAGAACGCGAAGCACAGAUCCGUAAGGACCUUAACCUUACAAACGAAGCGAAGGAAAAGGUUGGUCAAGCACAGCUGAACUCGAACGAAGCCAAAUCGCAAGUAGACAAAGCGAUGCGAGAAGUCAAGCUCAUCAUGUCGGAACUGGCCAAUCUGCGGGAAAUCGACGUGAAUAGUUUGGAUGAUUUGGAACGUCGUCUGACUGCGGCCGAAAAGGAGCUGGAAGAUGCUCAGCUAACGAAGCGGCUCAGUAGUCUGACCGAGGCAAAGAACAUCCAGAACCAGAACAUCCGCAGCUAUCAGAAGGAGCUGGCCGAUCUGCGGCUCGAGGUCGUUAAUAUCGAGCUAAUAGCGAAAUCACUGCCACCGGGAUGCUUUAAACGUACGCAUCUGGAACCAUAA